GCGUCCGCGCGUUCAGAGGAGCUGCAGCUGACGGCAGGAGGGGAGCAGAGCCGAGCAGCGGAACCACAUUCACCACAGCUACAUUGCAGUCAUCAUUCCUUCGCUGCUGGUGUCUUUUAUACUGUUACCAACCCAGAGAAAUCGGUGCUUUAACUGAAGAUUAUUAUUUUUUUUCCUUCCUUCUCGAGGGCCGAAGUGUCCUCAAUAUGUUUCGGAUCUAACCCUAUCCGGAGAGAAAGAGGAAUAGCAGUCUCUCCCCUUAGUGGAUGUGGACACCUUAUCUAUAUGGACAUGGAGAAGAUAGUGAAUUUAUCCGUUUCGGUGCUGCUGGUUUUAUGGGGAUGCGUGCUCGGAGGCUCGCCCAGUGUGCAGAUCGGGGGACUUUUUCCAAGGGGCGCGGAUCAAGAGUACAGCGCGUUUCGGAUAGGAAUGGUUCAGUUUGGCACCUCGGAAUUCAGACUGACGCCUCACAUCGAUAAUUUGGAGGUGGCGAACAGUUUUGCUGUUACCAAUUGCUUCUGUUCGCAGUUCUCAAGAGGGGUGUAUGCCAUCUUCGGAUUCUACGACAAGAAGUCCGUCAACACCAUCACGUCGUUUUGUGGAACGCUCCACGUCUCCUUCAUAACGCCCAGCUUCCCCCUGGAUGGAAACCAGCAGUUCAUCAUCCAGAUGCGGCCUGAUAUCAAGGGCCCCCUCCUCAGUCUCAUCGAGUACUACAAGUGGGACAAGUUUGCCUAUCUGUACGACAGCGAUCGAGGCCUCACAACACUGCAGGUUGUUCUGGAUACAGCGGCAGAAAAGAAGUGGCAGGUGACGGCCAUCAACGUGGGGAACCUCAAAGAUGAGAGGAAGGACGAGGCCUAUCGCUCGCUCUUCCAAGAUCUGGAGAACAAGAAAGAGAGGAGGGUGAUCCUGGACUGCGAACAGGACAAAGUGAAAGACAUCAUGGACCAGGUCAUCACAAUUGGCCGCCAUGUUAAAGGCUAUCAUUAUAUUAUAGCCAAUCUGGGUUUCAUCGAUGGGGACCUGUCCAAAAUUCAAUAUGGUGGAGCCAAUGUUUCAGGUUUUCAGAUUGUCGAUUUUGAUGAUCCUUUGGUUUCAAAGUUUGACCAGCGAUGGGAGGCCCUGGAAGAAAAAGAGUAUCCAGGUGCCGACAGCAAAAUAAGGUACACAUCUGCGCUGACCUACGAUGCUGUACAGGUGAUGACGGAAGCCUUCAGAUAUCUCCACAAACAACGCAUCGACUUCACCCGGAGGGCCAACAACGGCGACUGUCUGGCCAAUCCGGCCGUUCCGUGGGCUCAGGGAGUGGAGAUAGAGCGAGCGCUGAAACAGGUACGCGUGGAAGGCCUAACAGGAAACAUUCAGUUCGAUCAACACGGCAAGAGAGUCAAUUACUCAGUGAAUAUAAUGGAGUUAAAGACUAAUGGUCCCGUGAAGAUUGGAUACUGGAAUGAAGUUGACAAAAUGGCUGUGACCAAAUCUGACGUCUUCGCAAAUGAUACAACAGGAAUGGAAAACAAAACAGUUAUUGUCACAACCAUCUUGGAAGCUCCGUAUGUCAUGCUGAAGAAGAACUCUGACCUGUUUGUGGACAACGAGCGCUACGAGGGUUACUGUGUGGAUCUGGCUGCAGAGAUAGCGAAGCACUGCGGGUUCAAGUAUCAGCUGAAAAUCGUAUCGGACGGAAAGUACGGCGCCAGAGAUGCAGAGACCAAAAUCUGGAAUGGGAUGGUUGGAGAAUUAGUGUAUGGGAAAGCAGACAUUGCAGUGGCCCCUCUGACCAUCACAUUGGUCCGAGAGGAGGUGAUCGACUUCUCCAAGCCUUUCAUGUCCCUGGGAAUCUCCAUUAUGAUCAAGAAGCCGCAGAAAUCCAAACCUGGAGUCUUCUCCUUCCUGGACCCUCUGGCCUACGAGAUCUGGAUGUGUAUUGUUUUUGCCUACAUCGGCGUCAGCGUGGUGCUUUUCCUCGUGAGCCGCUUCAGCCCCUACGAAUGGCACACCGAGGAGUACGAGGACGGUCAGAUUCAGACCAACGAAUCCACUAAUGAGUUCGGCAUAUUCAACAGCUUGUGGUUCUCUCUUGGUGCCUUUAUGCGACAGGGCUGUGAUAUAUCCCCGAGAUCUUUGUCUGGAAGAAUUGUUGGGGGAGUGUGGUGGUUUUUUACUUUAAUCAUCAUCUCCUCUUACACGGCUAAUCUGGCUGCUUUUUUGACUGUUGAGAGAAUGGUUUCUCCCAUUGAAAGCGCAGAGGAUCUGGCCAAACAGACAGAGAUCGCAUACGGGACUCUGGACUCUGGCUCCACUAAAGAGUUUUUUAGGCGCUCAAAAAUUGCCCUGUUUGACAAAAUGUGGACAUACAUGCGCAGUGCAGAGCCCUCUGUGUUUGUGAAAACCACAGCCGAGGGGGUUCAGAGAGUCCGCAAGUCAAAAGGGAAGUACGCCUACUUGCUGGAGUCCACCAUGAAUGAGUACAUCGAGCAGCGAAAGCCCUGCGACACCAUGAAGGUGGGAGGAAACCUGGACUCCAAAGGCUACGGGAUCGCCACGCCAAAAGGAUCCUCAUUAAGAAAUGCGGUUAACCUCGCAGUACUAAAACUGAAUGAGCAAGGCCUGUUGGACAAAUUGAAAAACAAAUGGUGGUACGACAAAGGAGAGUGCGGCAGCGGGGGAGGUGAUUCCAAGGAGAAGACGAGCGCCCUAAGCCUGAGCAACGUGGCUGGGGUCUUCUACAUUCUGGUCGGAGGACUCGGUUUGGCCAUGCUGGUGGCCUUGAUUGAGUUCUGUUACAAGUCCCGAGCCGAGGCGAAACGAAUGAAGGUGGCAAAGAAUGCACAGAAUAUUAACCCAACUUCCUCGCAGAAUUCACAGAAUUUUGCAACUUAUAAGGAAGGUUACAACAUGACCUUUGGGGAUGCCAUGAGGAACAAAGCGAGACUUUCCGUCACAGGCAGUACUGGCGAGAACGGUCGGGUGAUGACUCCAGAGUUUCCUAAAGCUGUCCAUGCCGUCCCUUACGUGAGACCUGACAUGGGACUGAACGUCAGCCUGACAGAUCUGUCCUGAUCAAUGAGAAACUCCUGAGUGCCUUACAAUGAUUUCAACAGAGCGAAUUUGUUCCCGCCCCACCACCACCAACCCCCCACUUUAAUCCCCCCCGGCCCUCCUUUCUUUCUUCUGGCACUUUUCUUUUCGUCCAUCUGGUGAAAAAAGAAAGUUAAGAGAUGGAGGCUUCACUUUGUCUAUCACAGAGACCUAAAUUGUCGCUCUCUCGUCUCCAUUUUUCACCGUCUUAAAAACGCCUCCCUUUCUCGGUGGAAUUCUAUCUCACGACAGAAAAUGUUGGCUCUUGUUUUCUACACUGGUGACACCAUGCUUUCCUGUCUAUCUGCUUGGACUGGACUGAGACGGAAGCAAGGGCUUGAUUGCUUGAUUGAUUCAGUCAUCUCAGCUGUGUCUGUGUGGAGAGCAUGUGUGUGUGUGCGUGCGUGUGUGUGUGUGCGUGUGAAAGAAGACAUGUUGUCAAAAACCGCACCGUUUCCGUAGCCACCACCGCCAAACAGGAUUUUCAAGCACACUUGAUAUCAUCUACAUUAAGAUGUGAAAAUGUCAUUUUUUUUCUAAGAAAAUCUGCAGAAAAAAAGUUUAUUGAAAAAAAAAAUAUUUUUAUGUAUUUUCAAAAAAUAGCUUUUAAAUAAACUUGCUUACAUACUGGUUGAAUAUAAACAUCUAAAUGUGUGAGUAUAAAGAAAGGAAAAAAUACUAAACAGCUUCUAGUUCCAUAUUUUCAAAGCCAAAAACAUUGCAUAUGGGGGUACGAUGUUGAAACCAUGUAAUUAAUUCCUAUUAAUUCCUGUAUAUUUUAUUCUUUAACAUUUGGUGUUGAUAUGAACUCUAUGUCAAUACUUGACAUUUGGAAUCAAUCCUUCGAUGUUUUUCUUGUUAGAGUUGGUGCAGCAGUUUGCUUCAUUCUUCUGUCUCUUUGUUUGCUUCAGUGCUUUUGCUGUUUGUAUUUUUUCUCUGAUGAGGUCCAGGGUUGUCGCUCUAUUUUUCAAAGAGGAAGCUAAUCUGUUUACAUGCCAUGAAUGGAAAAACAAUGAAUAAUAUAUGAUAUGGUAUGACUCCAUUACAUUUUGAAGUGACAUUAUAAAGAGGCAUCUGCAUCCACAUGGUUUACGUGAUGGUUAAAAAUGCCAAAUAAGUAAGAGUGCCAAAAUCUAGUGCCAGUAGAUAUAAAUAUAGUCUUAAUAUAAUCAAUCACUGUCAUCUCAGUGAAUGUAAAUGACUCCAAUACAUUCUGUAACUUUUGUAACUAGAUGUACAGUUGGUGGCAAUGACAGUGCUAAUACAAUAGACUUUUCGCUUUGUUUUCCAGUCUCCAUGUAUUUUGCAUUGAUCUGACAAAGAAGUAGCACCAGUUGCAUGUUGUUGCCAGAAAUACAGCAUAAGUUUAUUUCAUUCCUGCCAAACAUGCGUUUUCAUUUCAAUGUUGAAGUUGUGAGAUUAACUGUUCAAAAUUGGAAUUUAAAUGUAACAGAUAUAUACAUACGAUAUAUACAUAUGAACAUAUAUUUUAUAUAAAAGAUCGAAACAUGAAAAAUGAUAUCCCCCCCUUCUCAGAAAUACUUUGCUUCCAUUAUGAAAUGAGAUUGAACUUUUUAUUCUGAGACUACUGUUAUUUUUACGAGUUAUGGGGUCUCACUAUAAGUUAGCUACAUGAUUAUACAGAUGAGCACUCAUUAUUAAAAAGACAUUUUAUGUGAUCUUUUUUUCCCCUUUCAAAACCAAGCUAUGUGAAAUACUCCACUGCAACCAGCAGAGGCAUCAAUUGUAUUAUUACCACUGUUUUUCAAAUCAACAAUAGAAACAUGUACCGUAGUUGCUAAUCAAUUUCAUUGCAUAUUCAGGCUAUUCCACUGACAUUUUAUAUAUGGAAUGUGUGCUAACUUGUUUAUUUUUUGGGACUCUUUCUAAAUAAAAAGUUGCUGACUUCUUGUUA